CUUCGGCCAUCCGUUUUCUCGCUAUAUUCUCAGCCACUUCAUCUCAAGCGUGAAGUCAACCUCUUGUUCGUUCCGAUUCCCUCAUCAUCUUCGAACAAUUGACGGUCUCCACGAUUUUUGAAUUUAUCGAGAUGGGGAGUGGACCAGCACCAUUUGUAGAUAUUGGCAAAAGAGCAAAAGACCUGUUGACCAAAGAUUACAACUUUGACCAGAAGUUUACCCUCUCAAUGCUGGGAUCUACUGGAAUUGGUCUUACAGCUACAGGUUUGAAGAGGGACCAAAUUUUUUUUGGCGACAUAAAUACUGUUUACAAGAGUGGAAGUACCACAGUGGAUGUGAAAGUGGAUACCUAUUCUAAUGUGUCUACAAAGGUGACUGUCAAUGAUCUUUUUCCAAAUUCCAAGGUGGCUUGUAGCUUCAAAAUUCCUGAUCACAAGUCUGGCAAGCUGGAGGUCCAUUACCUUCAUCAUCAUGCUGCUGUUGAUUCUAGCAUCGGCCUCAAUCCAACUCCAGAUUUGGAGCUUUCAGCAGCAAUUGGAAGCAAGGAUCUUGCUUUGGGUGGUGAAAUUGGAUUUGAUACAGCUUCUGCUUCUUUUACUAAGUACAAUGCUGGGAUCGGCUUCAACAAGCCAGAUUUUUCUGCUGCCCUUUUCUUAACGGAUAAAGGACAAGCAGUGAAGGCAUCCUACAUCCAUUCUGUGAACCCCUUCACCUCAAUUGCUGCUGAAAUGACUCAUAGAUUUUCAACCUAUGAAAACAGCUUCACCAUUGGAAGUUCCCAUGCAGUGGAUCCUCUCACAGUUGUGAAGACCCGGUUCUCUAACAAUGGGAAGGCUGCACUGUUAUGCCAGCAUGAGUGGAGGCCUAAAUCGCUGAUAACAGUUUCAACAGAGUAUGACUCAAAGUCCAUUAAUGCUGCCCCGAAGAUGGGGCUUACACUUGCACUCAAGCCUUGACAUUGUUCACAUAGCUCAAAUGGGGCUAAGCCAUUUGAGUUCAAUCGUUUGAAUUUUUCUACAAUUUUUUUGCCAAACACAAGGAGGGUGGUGUUCUACCCAGAUUACUGUAUUGGAAAGCCGUAAAGGUAGCCGAUGUGUUGAUGAAUGUUCUUAGAAUCUUAAACACUGGUGGGAAAAUUGAACCCGAUUUUGAAAAAUGUUAUAAUGAUAACAUUACACAAAUUUUCUUGAAUGUUAUAAUGCUAACAUUGGAGCAUCUCUCUCAAACUCUUAUCUGAAUAAGGAUGGUAAUUUUUCUGAAAAAAAUAAAGUUAAUGGAGAGAGACGUUUCUUGGAAAUUGUCAGGGUUGAAUGAAUAUGAAAGUGCAAC